CCUACACCCGUUGACACCCAACAAGUCUGCUUGAGAUAGGACUAGGCCUCUGUCAGAUUCCUGCAAUCUAGCACGUUGCACGAACCCUGCUCAGUAUUUUAUCUUCCUACAUUGCCUCUUAGCCACCAUACAACAGCCCCGAACUCUGGUCGCACUAGUCCUUGGUCGAUAACCGAGAUAGCCAACUGUCGGGCGAGGGACGACAUGUAAUAUACCCUCCUUCGACAUUCUCAACGAAAUUCUUCACUAUGCCUUUUGACCUGGUAGAGAAACACGCAAGGCAUUCCCUGGUCGAAACGGAAUGGGAAGAGCCGGCUAGAAAGAGGUUGCGUCACAACCCAAUUGAAGAGGAGGACUACCAUGAACACACCGCACAUGCUGAACAUCUGCAAGAUGCCUCCAAAGACAAGAGCAUCACCAUUCAAUCUACCGCAAAGCAUGCCCGACAGACCGUCGCUCCUUUCCUGGCAAAACACAUUCCUUCCCAAUAUGCGCCACUCGGAAAGAAUGGCAUGCCAGCAGGCGAAACCAAAGACCCCAACUCCAAAUUCUGUUACCGCCAUAGACCAGAUAUGUUGUGUCGCCGACAAGCAGAUGAACCAUCUAUGGACAAGCUACAGAAGGACUUGGAUGCGCUGUCACAAGAAGAUCGCCAAGGCAUAGUCCAAGUGUGGUCCUUGUUUUCUGCUGCGCCGUCCAAGCAUCGAAACCUCAUGUUGCAAGGUAUCCUCGCUCAGUGCUGCUUCCCACAGCUAUCAUUCCUCUCUGCAAACGUCCAGAAACUCAUCCGCAUCGACUUUGUGUCGGCACUACCUCCCGAGGUCGCUUUCCGCAUUCUUUGCUUCUUGGACACCACCUCUUUAUGCAAAGCCGCACAGGUGUCGCGCAGGUGGAGGCAAUUGGCAGACGAUGAUGUGGUGUGGCAUAGGAUGUGUGAACAACAUAUCGAUCGGAAGUGCACAAAAUGUGGGUGGGGCCUACCGCUGCUGGAGCGAAAGAUGCUGCGUGCGUCGAAGAGACAAAUUGAGCUCCGCGCUGCCGGCAGUCUUUUACGUGACUCCGAUUCUGCGAGCUCGUCCCAAACCCUCGAAAACCGCUCAGAACCAUCUGCUGCGAUAGAUGAUGAAAGUCAUCACGAUUACUCCGAUCUCGAGAAGUCGUCGGAUGGUCGCCUGUCGCCGGUGACGAUACGAAGACCUCCACUAGGAACGACGGACAGCGAGUACAGAAGAACGAGACCUUGGAAAGAUGUAUACAAGGACAGAUUCAAGGUCGGAACCAACUGGAAAUACGGCCGAUGCAGCAUUAAGAUUUUAAAAGGUCACUCUAACGGCGUCAUGUCGCUUCAAUUGUGCGACAACAUCCUGGCGACAGGUUCGUACGACGCGACAAUCAAGAUAUGGGACCUCGACACCGGUGCAGAGCUGAGGACGCUCAGAGGCCACACCAUGGGCAUUCGCUGUUUACAGUUUGACGACAACAAACUCAUCAGUGGCAGUCUCGAUAAAAGCCUCAAAGUCUGGAAUUGGCGGACCGGAGAAUGCAUAGCCACAUACCACGGCCACUCGGAAGGCGUUGUGGCCUUGCACUUCGACUCCAAUAUUCUUGUGUCUGGUUCGGUCGACCACACCGCUCGCGUGUGGAAUUUCCAGGACCGCUCGGUCUUCACACUGCGCGGACACACCGACUGGGUCAAUAGCGUCAAGAUCGACACCGCUUCGCGCACCAUAUUCACUGCGUCCGACGACUGUACCGUCAAGCUCUGGGACCUAGACACCAAGAAAUGUAUCCACACAUUCGAAGGCCACGUCGGCCAGGUCCAGCAAGUUCUGCCGUUGCCGCCCGAGUUUGAGGCCGAUGCGGAAGAAAACCCGGAUCAGGAUUCGGACGCAGGAAGUCCAGAUAGCCAUACCUCCAUCCCACCACCCGACGACAUGCAGUCUAUGUGCAUUGACCAUGUUGGGUUGUUCUCCUCGGAGCCCACUCGUGCACAGCCGCCGCGGUACAUGCUUACUUCAGCACUUGACUCGACGAUUCGGCUUUGGGACGUGCACUCGGGACGGUGUAUACGGAAAUUCUUUGGGCAUGUUGAAGGCGUGUGGGCCGUCGCGGCGGAUACACUCAGGUUUGUGUCCGGUGCCGAGGACAGGAUGGUCAAAGUGUGGGAUCCGCGGACGGGGAAAUGCGAAAGGACGUUCACUGGGCACGCUGGACCAGUGACGUGUAUCGGGUUGAGUGACAGUCGGAUGUGCAGUGGUGGCGAGGAUGGGGAGGUUCGCGUUUAUAACUUUACUGCUUGAUCUAGACUUGACCCGAGCCUCUGUGUUGUCAGGUUGGUUGCGGAACGUUUGGCGUCUGGGUACGGUCAUGUCUGCAUAUGGAUUGAACAUGGACGCGGCUGGGGGCAUGGCAUCCAGUCCGGAAUAUCUUCUUUGUCGGAAGUCCAUGCUCGAAUAUACCAUUGGUCAUAGGGACGUUAUUUUAUUACAUGUUGGGGGCCCGUCUUGUGGAUUGGUAUCAUCUAUCCAUCUAGCUAUGUUGUGGUCGGAAAGGUAGACCAAAUGCAACGAAGAUACUCUAUACUCG